GUCAAAUGGAUUCGUUCUCAUGUUGACCGCACGGCCACUGCUCAGCUAGUUCAUGGAGGCUGCCAUGUUUGACUGUGGGGAUUUUAGCGCCACAGCAAGCGCACUGGGUCUAAAUUGAUUGACAAAUUACGUCACGUUAAUGAAGCAUUUCAAGUGAUCCUGGCAACCCUGAACCCAGCAGACGGAAGCGUUCUCUUUCAACAUCUAAAUUAGCUAGCUAGGCUAAUAUUUGUGUCGAAUCAAAUCAGCUAGCUAGUCCCUUACAGUUUUACGUAAUUUAUGCGUUUCCUUCAGGAUAGUGGUGGUGAAUAAUAUUUUACUUAAGUUGAAAUGCACGAAAGACAAUAGUUUCCUUCGACACGGUGGAUUGUAUUUGUUGCAAAGGGGGAACACCCCUUUAGCCUGGUCCGCGGGCAUGUUUUUGGAGAUACAGGGAGUGGGCUUUGUUUGACAUGGAUGGGCCCGGCCGAAGCAGCGGCUUCAGGCAAAGCCGUCGCUCCCGUUCGCAACGCGACCGAGAACGGCGAAGGAGAGGAGAUCUAACAGAACGUAGGCCUUCCUCGUGCUCUGAGCGAGAAGCUUGUGGAAGGGACGGCUUUGGAGGUGGAUGCAGAGUUGAUUGUGGGCCCGGAGACAUUGGCAGGAGACACAGGCCGCCACGCCGGAGGAAGCGAGAGUCUGUAUCAUGUGAAGAGGAUAUUAUCGAUGGCUUCGCCAUUGCAAGCUUCAUCAGCCUGGAGGCCUUGGAGAUGGACUGCUCUCUGAAACCCCCAGAGUGUUCUGCAGUCUUGCUUCGGAGGGGAGGAAAGAGGAAGAGGUUCCCCGAAGAAAAUGGAGGCGGAUCACUUUCUGAACCAGAGGCAGGAGACCCGUCCAGUUACUCGCCUAGUGCUCAGGACAGAGCUAGAAAGAGGAGGAGAAAGAGACAGGCUGCCAGAAACGUUUUCCUUGAAACAGGCUACAUUUGUGAUUCGGAGAGUGAGUCUGGCGAUAAGGCUUCUGAUGGUGAGAUGGAGCCUACGUUUACUGUCAGCACCAGAAAAGUGUUGAAGCCUGGCCCUGUUAUCAUGGGUUCCUCUGUGACCAAAAGCUACUCACCCUCAUCAACUCUCGGUGGCCUACCCCGGCUCUCGGUCACACCCCGCGUUUCAGGUCUCCAUCGAAGCCAGGAGAGAAGCCUUGAACCCCCAUACCCAGAUUCCUUGUCGUCCUCUUCUACAUCUGCUUCUUCAUGCAUGCCCACCUUUGCCUCCUGCUCCUCUGCUACUGGAACUGUACCUGGUCAGCUCAAUGGUGAUGGCCGUUUUCAGCGCCGUGCACCAAGUCCACAACAGCCCAAACCUAAGCCCUUUCUCAACUACUCUGGACCCGCUCAUUUCACUAUUGGCCUCAAUAACAGGAACAGUACCUCAACCAAGCCCCCGUCCUCUUCUGCCUCAUCUUUGCGUCCCCCCACACCUUCUAUGAAUAUAGCCUUGUCCCUAGGGUGUGGUCCUGGCUUCCCAGGCUCAAUGAGGCCUCCAUCCCAUCCAAGCUCAGGGGCUGUCUUCAGCCCAUCCCCAGGCUUGCCCCCUCCACCACCUCUCCUGCAGGUCCCUUCGCACCCAACCACAGGCAUGACCACCUCUACUGCUGCUGCCCUCACAGAGCUUAACUCUCGCUUCCUCACCUCACAAAAUGUAGAGCGAGAUGGAGGAGGGAGUGCAGGUGGAAACCAGGUGAGCGGGGGUACAGCACCAGCAGCAUCAGGGGGUCCCUUGGCAUCCAGCUCAAGACCUGGGGCUUCUGGAUGUGUGUCUCAGGCCCAGCCACCCAUCCCCCCUUUGGCCUUUCAGUUCCACCAGCACAACCACCAGCACACCCACACACACCAACACUUCACCCCUUUCCUGCCCCCAUCUGCCACAGCAUCUCCUCUGUUUGACAAGUACCCAGGCAAGAUGGAGAGUCUCUACAGACACCCUUUCUUCCCUCAGUAUCCACCCUCUAUGUCAGGAAUCCAGCCAGUUCUGCCCCCUGCUGGACCAUUUAGCUCACUGCAAGGGGCCUUUCAGCCCAAGGGAACCAGUUCUGAAAUGGCAGCUCGCCUAGGGCCUGUGCAUCACCACUUGCACCCCAAAGACCCAAGGAAACCAGGGAAGUGGUGUGCCAUGCAUGUCCGUCUGGCCUGGACGAUUCUCAGACAUAAGGAGAAAGUCAAGUUGCUGCAGGUAGAUCCGCACAAGCUGGAUUUCCGCAACAAUUUGCUGUCUCGUCUUCCUGGAGCAGGGGGCUUGGGAGGGCUUGGAGGAAUUGGUGCACAGGGCAGUGGCCUACCCUCUGCCCAUGAGCUGGCUAGACCUGCCAGCCUCUUCACAUCCACCGGUGGAGGUCACACAUCUGCAUCCACAUUUGCCCCCCCAUCAACACCUCAUUCCUCUUUCACUGCUUCUGCACACAUGGACCCAUUUGGCCGCUCACCCCCCUUCUCUUCUUUGGGAUCUCUGGGGACGGGAGCCUUUGGUGGGCUAGGGAGCCCCUCACUGGGUGCCAACUCUGUUUUUGGCCACAAGGAGUCACAAGGAGGACCUGUCGGCCCCAACCCCCAGGACCCCUGGAAUCGCCUUCACCGCAUACCUCCUUCUUUUCCGACCACCCCAUCGUGGAUUAAAGGGAUGGACAGAAGGGAGGACAGAGUGAAAGAAGCAGACAAAGAAGUUAUUCGCAUUAAAGUUGAAAAGGAUCGCGACACUUUGUAUGGUCAACACCCUGUGAGGAUGUCUCCAGCUGCUCCCUCCCUCAAGCUGUGCAGCAAUACCCCUGUCUCCCAGAUGAACGGUCUUGGUCGGCCAGUGCUCAGCUCUGGAGGUCUAUCAGAGGACGAGCCCCCUCGCACACGCAGCAGGGAGAAGGACAGGGAUACAAAGCACUCUGUUGUGGCUCCUAAGGCACCCCUUCCUUUCGCUUCCUCCUCAGCACCAGAAAGACCACGUUCCUCAUGCUCCUCUGCUCCCCAUACCCCUCACCCACCUCCAUGCCUCGUUCCCUCCCCUCUAAACCUAUAUGCUCGUCCACAAGCUCCUCCUCCAUCCAGCUCUCCAAAUGAAGCCUCUCAGCCUACCCAGAUGGAAACUGCAUGUUCCACUCCUCCCUCUGCCCCUGCUUCUUUGCGUUCUUUGUCCCAGUACAAGAAGCCAGACCCUACCACCUCAGUAUCUGUCCCCAAGCUUGCCUCCAGCCACCCUCCUGCACCGCUGUUGCCUCCCGUCAAAGUUAAGGUGGAGCGCAAGGAUGAGGUUGAGCCUGUGCCCAUCUCCUUGCCACUGCCGUCAAUGCCAUCCCAAAGUUAUGAUCAGCCCAGUAACUGCCAACACCCUGCCCCUUCUUCCUCUGCCCACCUCUCCCUGGGUCCACCACCCAGUGUCUCCAUGCCUCCACCCUCUCCACACCCCCAUCACCAUCCCCUCUCCCUCUCCCUCUUGGAUCGCUCUCAUGCAGCAGCUGCCAUAGAGGCCUAUCUGGGUGUGACAGGAAGCAGUGGGGGGAUAGUUGUUGGUGCGGCAGGGGAUCGCUUCCCCACCGCACAUACUGCACCGCAGGGGCAUUCUCAGUCUCCGCACAGUUUCCCCUGGGACCCCUGGAGGGAAUUGGCUGUCCAGCAACAGAGGGAUGCCCUGACUAUGCGCCCCGACUCUCACCUGGCCCUGCGCACUGAUCCCCACUUAGCCAGGCUGCUCCAGCAUCAACAGGUUCAGCGGUUCUUUGAGACUGAGAGGGCUGUGGCAGCUGUCCUGGGGCCCCACCACCCUCCUGCUACCUCCAUCGCUUCCUCCUCCUCCUCUUCAACGCGACAUGAAUUUGGCCUCAUGCCCCACCAUCACCAUCAGGAGCGUCCUCCACAGGCAGCGGGGCCCAUCGGCAGCCUGCUUGAGGAAGAUCAGCGAACACGCAUCUUGCGGGAAGACUUUGAGAGGGUGCGCUGCUAUGGAAUGCACCCACACACGCAUCUCUCCAACCCUCUCCUCCCUAGUGCUUCUCAUGCAGCUCACCUGGACCAGCUACAUCCUGCCCUGCUCUCCCACACACACUCCCACCAACCAGGAUCCUCUGCUCGCCACCCUAACCUCUACUCUCGCCUGGGCCCCUUGCAUCCUCACUCUCACCAUUUACCCAAUGGCCUCCUGACCAAGACACCCUCUGGGUUGGUGGGGUCCCUUUCAGUCGGGCCCCCCCCUCCCCUCAUCCCUUCUGUGACGCCUGGCCGGGCUUCCACCUCUCCACGCAACUCCCGGGUUGGAGGGGGACAUGACCUGGCCCUCUACGGUGCUCCCAAAGACCGGGAAUCCAGAUAGUACAAGGGAGAGGGAACCCACUGAGGUGGUUCCUGCUUUCACUGUCCUCUUCCAGAACUGGAAGACUUGGCCCAAAAACUGCCAUUCACCCCCCCUCCCUUAAUCAGCACCCUUUUAUUGUUUUGUACUGUUGAUGGUGUGAAAAUACUGGCGAAAAACUGGGCAGUUCAGUACAAGAUCCACUGUGGUUCUAUCGGUGCAAUUUUAAGGUACAUGGUUUUGUGCCUUGACUUUUUUAUUUUUAAAGAAAUCCUGAAUUGCAACGACUCUGCAAUGGGGUUGUUCAUGUGAUGCAAUGCUUCUCAAUGUGAUAGCAUGUGUGAUACAAUGGACAUUUUAAUGAUGCUUAAACCUGAUUACCAGGUUUUGAACAAACUUUGCAAGGCUCAAUUUGUUUCCGGUUUCCAUCCAUGUAUUACAAUAAGUAUAUGCUUGCACUCUUGUAUUUUGCUACCAUUUUUAUACUUCUAUUUUAGUUGGAUAUUUUGAGUUGGCCGUUUAAACAUUGUACACAAAACAUGACUACCUCUCCCUUUCCCUGAUAGGGACCUGUGGUUAACUUGGGCCUAUUCUUUUUUUUCUUUCCAAACAGUGGACGUUUUUGCUUCCAGAAGCCAUACACCUCCGGAAAAAAAAUAUUUAAUUGGGGGGGAAAGUAUGUCCCGCCAAAUCUGGCAAGCAUAUUUUCAGGGCAUCUUCAGGGCACAAAAUGGGGGAUCAACUAGUACACCAGUAUUUUUCUAUAGUGUCUUCCUAUAUUUUGACUUAAAUUACUGUAAAUAUUUAUGAAUAAGAAAUGUGUUUGUAGUUUUCAUCUAUGUGAAUUAAGUAUCUGAGAGUUUUUUGGGGGACCUUGGGACCUUACAAUUAAGGCAUAAAUUAAGUCAUGAACCCAAUGGAGGUGGGUUGAUUGAAAUGGUGAUUAUUUUCAUUUCUGAUCCUAAGAUGCUACCAGCCCUUAAAUAUCCAGCCCUGUUGUUUUAUUAACUUGAAUACAAAGUGUGUGUGUGUGCAAGAAGUUGAAAUACUAUUGGCCAAAGCUGUGUGUAUGUUGGAAAUAAGCAGAAACAAAGGUAUAUAUUAUUUAUACAUGCAUCGUUGGAGUAGCCACUGGACUAAGGUGGCACUGUAGGACGUAAGUGUUUGCGCAUAAGCAUUUGGAGGGAAUAAGCAGAUAAUAUGGUGAGGGGUAGGCCUACAAUCAUUUGAAAAAAGUGUUUUGUACAUCUCAUGCCUUUUUCCCUUGAACGGGUAAUGGUGAAAUAAAUUGUUUGCUAUUGUGCAA